AUGGUUGGGAAGUCCCUGAUUGCUGGUCUGGUGGUCCUUCUGGUGGCUGCAGUGAGUCUGUUCCUCGGGGUGUUUAUGGGCCUGGGGAGAAAAAACACACCACCCCCUACAGAUCACUUCUACUCAAAGGCUGCUGUGGCUGCUGAUGCUGGGAAGUGUUCAGAAGUGGGCAGAGACAUUUUGAAGAGAAACGGCUCAGCCGUGGAUGCUUCCAUUGCUGCCUUGCUAUGUGUAGGCCUUUUGAACGCUCACAGCAUGGGCAUUGGGGGAGGGCUCUUCUUUGUCAUCUAUAAUGCUUCCACAGGGAGGGUUGAAACUAUUGAUGCGAGGGAGACAGCACCCAUGAAUGCCACUGAGGACAUGUUUGGCAACAACACCAAGCUUUCUCGAACAGGUGGAUUGUCCAUUGCCAUUCCAGGAGAGAUCCGAGGUUACGAGAUGGCACACAAAAGACAUGGCAGGCUUCCUUGGAAAGAGCUGUUUGAGCCCAGCAUUGCUUUGGCCCGUGAUGGUUUUCCCAUAGGAAAAGCCUUGGCUCACGCCAUCUUCAAGAGCAAAGAUUCCAUUCAAGGAGACUCCAACAUGUGUGAGGUGUUUUGUGACUCGCAAAAGAAUAUCCUGAAAGAAAAUGACAUUGUUAGAUUCCCAAAGCUGGCUGAGACAUACCAGAGGAUAGCAGAAGAGGGGCCUGAUGUUUUUUAUAAUGGGACAAUGGCACAGAGCAUCGUUGAGGACAUCCAAGCAGCAGGUGGCAUUAUCACCACUGAUGAUUUGUUGGAGUACCAGCCUGUGCUGAAUGAGAACCCUCUGAAGCUGAACGUUGGGGAAUACACCAUACACGUCCCAGACGCCCCCUCCAGCGGCCCUGUGCUGGCACUCAUACUCAAUAUAGUGGAUGGGUACAACUUCACAGAUACAAGUGUGUCUACAUCUGAGGAAAAAACUCUGACAUACCACCGCAUCGUAGAGGCUUUUCGUUUUGCUUACGCCAAGAGAAGCAGACUGGGAGACCCGCGGUAUCUCAAUAUUACUGACCUAAUCCAGAACAUGACCUCAGACUACUUUGCUGAUAGCAUAAGGAGUAAAAUUACAGAUGACACCACCCAUCCAGACACCUACUAUGAGCCUGAUUAUUUUGUCCCAGACAACCACGGGACAGCUCACCUGUCAGUCAUAGCCGAGGAUGGAAGUGCAGUGGCUGCCACCAGCACCAUAAAUCUAUACUUUGGGUCAAAAGUCAUGUCUCGAUCCACUGGAAUAAUUUUUAAUGAUGAAAUGGAUGAUUUCAGCUCUCCAUACAUGACCAAUGGAUUUGGAAUUCCACCUUCACCCAACAACUUUAUCCAACCAGGCAAGAGGCCCCUCUCUUCCAUGUGUCCUACAAUCAUAUUUGACAAAGAAAACAGAGUUAAAAUGGUUGUAGGAGCAUCUGGAGGCACAAAAAUCACAACAGCCACAGCCUUAGUUAUCCUGAACUCAUUGUUCUUCAACUAUGACCUAAAGAAAGCUGUGACGGAGCCACGAGUUCACAAUCAGCUUAACCCAAACAUGACAGUGGUCGAGCAGGGCUUUGAAAAGAGUGUCAUGGAGGGGCUGGCCCAGAAGAACCAUGUAACACAGCUGCUGAGGACUCCAGACUCUGUGGUCCAGGCUGUGGUGCGGCAGGGAGAACGUCUGUGUGCAGAGUCCGACCCCAGGAAAGGAGGCUAUCCAGCUGGAUACUGAGCAUCGCUUCAGGUUCUUCUCUGCUACCUUCAGCGUAGACAGUCUCCUCAAAGACAGAACUACGAUUUAAAAAAAAUACCUGCACUGAAGACUUGAGCUAUGAUUAAGCUACGGA